AUGAUGACAUUGAAAUCCCCAACAAAUAGCACUGACCAAGCCGAGGAGGACCUUAAAACACAAGUCGACAGUCUGCAUUCUUGGAUCGGCACCGCGGAGGAGAUCCGCCAAAAGGCCCAGAAAAAGGCUGAAGAGGCUUACAGUAAGUUGGACGUUCACGCUGAAUUGAGUAACAAUGUUCAGAAAAUUGUGGACGCCAAUAAGGUAAUUGAAGGAGUUCACAAAGGCCUGAAUAGUUUUGAAAAAAGUUUGGAAGCGUGGAAUCAGCAGGCUGGGAAAGUGCUUGACGGGGCGAUAAGCAAGGCGACGGAAGUUCAUGAUUCAUUAAAUCCGGAUGAGAAAAGUAAGGAUGGCAUUGGCAAAAGUAUUGAAGUAAUUAAUACAUCAAGCGAGUCAAUUAAAAAGGCAAAUAUAACUCUUGGUGCCGAGGUUGGGAAUUUGCAGAGUUGGAGGUCUGCGGCGGAGAGCGUUAUCCAGAAGGCUAACGAGAAGUGUAAUGAUAUACUUCAGAAAGUUCAGACAGAUAAAAAUGCUCCAGCUGGUGUGAUUUUUAAGAAAGCUCAAACCUUACAAGAUAUGGGUAAAAAGCUUUUGCAGGCUGCGCAGAAGGCUAAGCAGGAAGUUGGUGAGAAAGUCACUGAAGCGUUGCAGGCUGUUGUGAGGAUGGACAAAUCCCUUAAGGUGGAUUUGAAGGGUGUAAAGACGGAGAUUAAGAAAGGGAUUACAGAAGUGAUUACAUCUUUGAGGGUUAAUGAUUUGGACAAAGAAGUGAUAAAGGACUUGGGGACGUUGAAGGAGAGGAUUGAGGGGCUUGCGAAAGAUCUGCCGAAUAAUGGAAAAAAUGAUCUUGUAAAAGAUAAGUUGGAGGUGCUUGAAAAGCAUAAAACGAGUAAUCUGGAUAUUGUUGUUAACAAGAUUAAGGACGAGACGAAUACUAACCUUGAAAAGAACUUUAAUGAGCAUAUCCAACAGAAGCUUCACAAUGCGGUCGGUGCAGUUGACUCAGCGAUUGAGAAGCUUGGCGGGGAGUUUGGUCUGAACAGCGGACAAACACAGAGUGAGAAUAAAGUUGAAAAGAUUUUUAAUAAGAUUAAAGAGGAAGUCUAUAAAAUCCUGAACGGCGACGGAAAGAAAGGUUUAAAUGGAAUUGCCACAGGGUUGAUUCACAGCUACGCCAAGGGGUUUGUGAAUUUUAAUGGUAUUGUGGGCGGAUGGAUGGAAGGGACUUUGGGAAGGGACGCGAAGCAUGGAGAUGACGGCAAGGCGCCCAAAACAUGGCUUGGAUACUAUGUUGAGGAACGGAAGAACACUGGUAGGAGCGGUGACGACGCGGCGAGGCAGCGGCGUGAUGAGAUUUUAGCAGUCCGCAAUGGAAUUAAGAAGGCGAUUGGGAGUACGUUUGAAGCAGCGAUUGGGAAAGCCUGUCGAACGGUUGAACAAACUAACGGCAAUAUCGAAACAACCAUUAAAGCUGUCAAGCAAGCCUGCGAGCAUUUUGUCAGGGAGCUUGAUAAUGAACUUAAGACGGGAAUUGACAAUCUUGCCGAUCAAAUAUUCAAGAAGAGUCCUGAAGGUAGCGCUGCUGCAGGUACCAAACCCUAUCUGAAAGUAGCAGUCGAAGCCACGCUUCUCGGUCUCUCCGCCACCACCAGCCAGGUGGCCAACGAAAUUGAGUCUAUCCUGCUAGGCGAUUACAGGGUGGGCAAUUACGGAAACAACUCAACCAGCAUCGCGGCAGAAUUGGACGCAGUGCACGGAUAUACUAAGGCACUAAAUGAUAAGCUUAACAAGGCGACUCAAUAUGGCUCCAAGCCUCCCACCCCCGUACCAGGCACAGCGCAAGCCGUGGACAGUAAGUUGGAGGCGGUGAGGAACAUGGUCAACUCCACUAUUACAGACGACUUUAAGAAGAAAGUCAAACACGAUCUUGCGACUGAGGUUGGGAGACUUCCCAUCGCCAUUCAACAGUUCGACGAAAAGGCUCAAACACAGAUCAGGGCUGCGGCAAAGACGGCGAUUGGGAAGACGGCUGGGCAAUUCCAGAUGAAGAGUGAUGGAAGUGAGAUUGACGUAGAGGCUAAUAUGCCAACGUUCCACGGAACAUACGAUACGAUUCAAAAGCAGCUUCAGGGCAAGCUUUAUGCAGAAGUUGAUACGCAUAUUGGAAAGGAUCACAAGUCCGCGAAGUCCUGGAGUUGA